AUGUUUAAUGCGGAAGAUAGAACGGGCAAUUAUAGUGAGACGUUGAACAAAGUUGAAGCAUUGUCUAAGAAUAUUCGCCUCGAUAUAACUUCUUUACACCAGGUCUACGAUUUACUUCACAAGUGUGCGGAACAACUAAACAGCGCAAUGAGUCUGCCAAUGACAAUAAUACUCUUGACUUCUGGGUUAACGACUACAAUGUUACUGAAGAUGAUGGUUACGGUAAUACAAACAGUGACUACUAGUAAUACCUUUGGUAGAUCGACCAUAUUAUACUUGUUUAGUCGGGCUGUGAAAUACACGGCAUUGGUGGUGACCUCUUGCUACUAUUCGAGUGUUACAUCGACGCAAGUUGCAGCUAUAAGAACAAUGUUGCAUGAUGCUGUCCAUUCUUUUCCUUUAGAUAAAAUCGAGCGUCGUAAAGUAAAGGCAUUCUUUCAGCUAACUAAAGAGAACGAGUUCGCCUACGCCUUGGGCGGUGUGAUCAGACUCAAUAUGUCUUUGCCUCUUAGCUAUAUAAGCUUAUGUACAACAUACUUAGUCAUUUCCAUACAGUUUUCUAAAUUUUUUGACAGUUAA